AGCUAGCCACAACACGAAGGAAAAAUCGCGGUGUCGAAUGGCUGUCAUUGCUUCUUCUGACAGAUGUUUCGUGUGAUUAAUUUGCUUUGUUAAUUAGCUUGAAAAAGAUUUUCGUGAGUGUCAUACUCUACGUAGACGUAGCAGUUCACGUAGGAGAAUAGUUGGCGCAGUAGGGUGUUUUAUUUCGUGGUAAAUGUCUAGCAUACGCAGCGGCUACAUCUCGCUAAGGAUUUGGAAUUUAGGAUUCUGAGCCAGCUGUCCUCUUCACCAGUAGGAACAGCACCACCACAUUACUACCAGCACUACUACCAUCAUCGUCAUCAUCAUCAUCAGUACCACACCGCAAAUACGAAACAUCCGGGCACGGGUGCCAGUAGUGUAGUAGUGAUUAAAUAAUAAUAUUGAAGCUGUUCGCGGCUGGGUACGAGCACUCGUGAAAAAUGGCAAAGACCUAUGACUAUUUAUUUAAAUUACUGCUUAUUGGAGACUCGGGCGUAGGCAAGACGAGCAUAUUAUUCAGAUUUUCAGAAGAUGCGUACAACUCGACCUUCAUCUCCACCAUUGGAAUUGAUUUCAAGAUCCGUAACAUUGAGUUGGAUGGCAAAAAAAUUAAGUUGCAAAUAUGGGACACUGCGGGGCAAGAACGGUUUCGUACAAUAACUACAGCAUAUUAUCGUGGAGCAAUGGGUAUAAUGUUGGUGUACGACGUGACCAAUGAAAAGAGCUUUGAAAACCUCAAAAACUGGAUUCGCAACAUCGAAGAAAAUGCGUCGUCAGACGUAGAAAGAAUGAUACUCGGUAACAAGUGUGAACUUACAGAGAAGAGACAGGUGUAUAAGGAAAGGGGUGAACAAUUAGCUGUGGAAUAUGGUAUUAAGUUUAUGGAAACAUCAGCAAAAUCUAGUAUCAAUGUUGAAGAAGCUUUUUACACCUUGGCACGUGAUAUUAAAGCUAAAAUGGAAAAGAAAUUGAAGGAAGCGUCGAAUCCACCUAAAGGAGGUGGUCACCAAUUGAAAUCUUCAGAGCCGCAAAGGAAGCCUCCAAGUUGGAUCACUCGCUGUUCCAUACUCUGACCCCACCAACCCUCAUCAACCCCUUAACAAGGCCCAUUUGUCUACUAUUAUUAUCUACUUAUGUUCUUUUCGUCGAACAAGAUUCAUGUUCAACGAGGCUGCACAUGUGCUUGCUUCUGGGCUCUGUGAUUUUACUCCUUGAUAAUGGAUUUUUUGCAACAUUUAGGUGGUGUUUUUAUAAAUUAUCGAUAUUCAACGUUUUCCUACUGGAGACUGCGGGGGAGAAACUAUCGAGGUCACAAGCUGGAAUUGCUAUUUCACUGUAUGAUUUCAUCAUACUUAGUGAUUUUUUAUGAAAGAGUUAUAUUGUUUUACGGAUGGGGUAAUGUAAGCAACUGUUUGUGCAAGUCCAAUACUCGUGUGAUAAGGUACUGCGACUUCUUACGUUAUAUCAGUAUUGAAAAUAUUUUAGUUAACAAAAAAAUUGCGAGAAGCACUUCCAGCGUUACAAGCUGUUAUAAUUUUUUCACAAGAUUUUAAUUUGGUAUUUGAACUAUUUCAAAAGAUAUAUGUGACAAAUUAUUUUAAAGUUGCGGCGACGCACCCCUUUCUUUUUUAUCUGAUCGUGAAUGGUAUUAUUGGAUCGUUUCUCCCCUGAUUUACUCAUACAAUGACGAAGCAUCAACGACUACUACUUGUGAAAAAAAAAAUCCAGAAUUAUGUAUGCAACGGAAAUACAGAUUAUUUCAUUGUAGACAGAUAAAAAAAGCCCGUAUUAUGAUGCCGUAGGUAUUUUUGUGUUAUGAUUUCAAGCAUCACAUGUGUGUAUCAAUAAGACAUCACGUAUUGCAACAAUAAUGAAUAGUGAAUAUCGAGGAGAAUCGCAUACAAUAACUAAUUAAAUAAGGCCAUUCAAAUACGGAGACCACGAUCAUUUUUUCACACUGUAAUUACUCAAUAGCUUUUUCACAGAAUUAACAAGAUAACAAUAUUAAAUAUUUUAGUGAAGUAAUUGUUAUAUUAAUUGAAGUAACAAAAAUAUGAUGGGUGUGUCGUACGAUGGUGGAACAGGAUGAAUCGUAGUAUGAUUCGAACAUCGAGGUGGUUAAAGGAUGAACUCAAUCUGUUAAUUGAGUCAAGAUUUGGCAAUUAUCCGCGAGGAUUACUUUCCUGGAGAAAUUUACCUUAAGUAAGCAUAGGCGGGAUUUAUGUACAGAGGACCUUUAAUGAAAAGUUUUUAUUAUUUGCUUGUUGUUUGUCGCGGCUUGCGUGUCCUUAUCAAUUCUGCAUUUUAAUCUUUGGACUUGUUUCGAUUCAGACUUGAAUAUACAAACGACUAUAAUAAUACAUUUUAUAU